AUGCAAAGGACAGGCAACACCAGAAAAGAAACACCAAACUAUGCAAUAGAAGAUGAAGAAUGUUUGGGACUGAGGCUCGUCGGGAUGUUAUUACAAUGUGCUGAGGCGGUAGCCAUGGACAAUUUGGACCUUGCCGCGUCCAUCUUGCCCGAGAUCACGCACUUAGCAUCACCGUUCGGCUCACCUGCCAUGCGAGUAGCCGCGUACUUUUCAGAUGCUUUGCAGUCCCGCCUCAUGAGCUCGUGGCUCGGCAUGUAUGCACCAUUGCCAUCUUACGCGCUCGAGCCCUUCUCACAGAGGCUCUUGAAUGCAUUCCAAGCCUACAAUGCAAUUUUGCCAUUGGUGAAGUUCUCGCACUUCACGGCCAACCAGGCCAUUGUUCAAGCAGUGUCUCAGGUAUCGAGAGUUCAUAUUAUCGACCUCGACAUAAUGCAAGGGCUGCAAUGGCCGGGACUUUUCCACCUACUUUCGACGUGCUCCACAAGCCCGCCGUCAGUCAGAAUAACCGGAUUUGGCUCAUGUGCACGGGAACUAGCAGCCACAGGUGAGCGGCUCUCUGUGUUUUCGGCGUCGCUUGGGCUGGCGUUUGAGUACACAGGGCUAGUGUGCCGGGCAGGUGAAGUUCGGGACCUGGCACGGCUCAAGCUACAAGGGGGGGAGACCGUGAUCGUGAACUGGGUCCACCAUUAUAUGUAUGAUGUCACUGGCUCCGAUGCUGGGCUACUGAAACUGCUCCAUUCCGUGAAGCCACGGCUCAUCACGAUGGUCGAGCAAGAUGUCAGCCAUGGAGAUGGAGGUGGUUUUCUUCGCCGAUUCGUCAAUGCCUUGCACUACUACUCUGCCUUGUUCGACGCUCUGGGAUCAAUGCAAGACAGCAUGAAUCAAGACAGGAAUAUCGCAGAGCAGCAGGUUUUGGGGAGAGAGAUUAAGAACAUCGUGGGAGGGGGGGGGCGGAAGAGGAGCGGUGAGAUGGUGGUGGAGAGAUGGGGAGCAGAAUUGGGGAAAUUGGGGUUUAGGGGUGUGUCGCUGAGGGGGAGCGCCGCCGAUCAGGCCAGGCUUUUGCUGGGUAUGUAUCCAUGGCAGGAAGGGUACAGUGUGGUGGAGGAGGGCGGUUGUUUGAGGGUGGGGUGGAAGGAUUUGGCUUUGCUCACAGCUUCGGCAUGGGAGCCUUGUGUAAUGUGA